AUGCCUCCAACGGCUGUGGUGGGAGGCUCUGCCUCGUCGAGCGAGGUGACUCUCUCAGAAGAGAAGCCUAUCGAAAAGUAUCAGUCCCGUGAAAUAGGAUCGAACGAAACCACCAGGCCAAAUGACAUGGACCUCGAGGCGCAGGCCGUCCCAGCGAAGCCCAAAUUGUUUGCCUCAACACGUUAUGCCAUUCUCACACUAUACCGACGGUUGUUCACGCUAGUCUUCCUAGCCAACGUCGCUGUGUUUGUGGCUGUGAUGACAACAGACCAAAAGUUGUUGGCCCUGGUCAACGCCACUGCCGCUAACCUGCUCGCUUGCGGGCUGGCCAGACAACCCCUCGUGGUCAAUGCCAUCUUCAUAGUCGUGUGUUCUCUGCCAAGGUCAGCACCAAUGCCUCUGCGGAAGCUAGCGGCCAAAGUAUACCACUAUGGUGGCGUCCACAGCGGCUGCGGAGUAGCCGCACUCAUCUGGUACCUGGGAUUCGUCGGAGUCAUGUCUCACCAGUACUGGGCAACAAGUCCAGGCCCGGCGGGGAUCCGCCUUUCGGCCGCGCCAGUCACCCUCGCAUACAUCAUCCUGGUACUGCUGAUAGCGAUAAUCGUGGUGGCACACCCCACGUUCCGCAUGAAGCGGCACGACUAUUUCGAACUCACCCACCGUUUUUCGGGGUGGCUGAUCGUAGCCCUGUUUCUGGCCUUGCUGAUGGUCUUCGCGCACGAAGCAAGCCAAUCCCUGCACCAACCACUGGGCAAGUUCCUCAUCAACCUGCCAGCCUUUUGGUUCCUCGUCUUCACCGUCUGCUCCAUCGUGCAGCCCUGGCUGUUCCUCCGCAAGGUCGCUGUGAAGGCCGAACCCCUCUCCACCCAUGCUACCCGCCUACACUUCGAUCACACAACGACAUCGUUCGGAAAGGGCAUCCAACUAGCAAAGCACCCCCUCCGCGACUGGCACGGCUUCGCCACAUUCCCAGACACACCAGCCGGAACCAAAGAUGGCCCCGCCACCUUCUCCUGCCUAGUCUCCAAAGCAGGUGACUGGACCAGCGACACCAUCAACAGCCCCCCAACACACCUCUGGAAACGCGGCGUGCUGAUCAACGGCUUUGCAUACGCCAUGCGUGUCUUCAGCCGCGUCGUCGUCGUAACAACAGGUUCUGGCAUAGGUCCCUGUCUCUCCUUCCUGGGCGAUGAGAACCGGCCUGCACUCCGCGUUCUCUGGCAGACUCGAGCACCGGUCAAGACAUACGGUGAGGGUGUGAUGGAGAUGGUGCGUCGGAUGGAUUCUGAUCCUGUCAUCAUGGACACGAACCAGUGUGGCCGCAUCGACAUGGUCCCCAUCAUCUUGCAGCAGAUAAAGCAGUUUGAUGCCGAGGCGGUGUGCGUCAUCAGUAACCCUGUCCUGACAGGGCGAAUUGUGUAUGAGCUCGAAGCGCGAGGCAUCCCGGCCUUUGGGCCGAUUUUCGAUUCUUGA